GAGUGACCAUGAUGCUUCGACGAUGUCGCCGCGGACUUACAUUGUUCUUGAGGGAUCUUAUCAAGUGCAUGGAUGGCUCUGGCCCAGGCGUCAACGCGAUUGUGGCGCAACGCAAGGUGUGGCGUCAAGGUGAGCGUGGCCUAACAUGAGACCCAGGUUGCCGUCGGGGAAGAAAGGAGCACAAAAAGGAAGCCUCGUCGCAUAUAGGCCAUACGUUCACGCACGACGACGUCACGCAAUCCCUGUGCCCCGUCUUGUGCGAGACAUGGGGGACGGGGAGACCGAGUGGCGGUCGAAGGUCAAGAGGGAUGGGGGACGAAGUGGUACCCUGGCCGGCCUUAUAUCAUGCGGUCUGUGGGUCCAUGUUUGGUCAACCAAACAACCAUUGUCGGCCAUUCCGACUCAGCCUUUUGUUCUCUCGAUUUGGACCGCCUUGUGCCACUCGUUCUUAUCGAUCGGCUAAGGCUGACAGAAGCACGGACAGCGUGGUGGGCGGUGCGCGCCAUCAUCAUGGGUUCUGCGAGCCCGGCGACGGCUUGUUUUCUGCGGUGCAACGCUGCUUCGCAAGUGGACAAGAGCAUGUGGGCGGCCCUAGCCAGAGCCCGAAACUCUGUGCUCGCCGGAGGCAAGGACGACAUGCGCAAGGGCCGGGAUUCCAUCGCAAAGUCCAAUUCAAUUGGACCGGACUAUCAACGCGUGACUGCACUAUGGCGAUGGGCCGACUCAGACGCGCCUCUACACACCCGUUGCGCAGUGCGAAGCGCCAUGCAUCGAGCUGAAGUCCGGCGCGUGUCUAACUAUGACACAACUUCGCUCGACAUUGCCGUCAAGACAACCGCAACCGCGACCAUAGGUCACGCUUACGAGGACAUUGCUCAGCGACGAACCUUGCAAGCUUGCCUGAUGCGAAGAUAUUUCACAGCUCAUUCACCGGCCUGCACCGUUCGAUGGACUACCAUGGGACAGCGAUUGACACGCAUUAGGCACCUCCUGGAUACUCACUCUCUGGCAGACAACAAGACUAUAUGUCUGCACGGCACAACAUCGUAAAGGUGCGAUCCGCGCUCAUGUACCCCAUAGAACGUUUCUCGGAAGCUGUUGCUGAUGGCCGCUCUUAUCCCAUCGUUG